CAGUCACACAGGCUUUCCGUAGGCUUCUCUUCUUGACCACCAACAACCCCUAAAAACUUGAGAGAUGGCACCCAAGAAGGCUAAGAGGAGGCAGCAGCAGCAGGGAGAGGGUGGAUCCUCCAAUGUGUUCUCCAUGUUUGAGCAGAGCCAGAUCCAGGAGUACAAGGAGGCUUUCACAAUCAUUGACCAGAACAGGGAUGGCAUCAUCAGCAAGGACGAUCUCAGGGACGUGCUCGCCACCAUGGGCCAGCUGAAUGUGAAGAAUGAGGAGCUCGAGGCCAUGGUGAAGGAGGCCAGCGGCCCCAUCAACUUCACCGUCUUCCUGACCAUGUUCGGCGAGAAGCUGAAGGGUGCUGACCCCGAGGACGUUAUCGUGUCUGCCUUCAAGGUCCUGGACCCCGAGGCCACUGGCUCCAUCAAGAAGGAAUUCCUUGAGGAGCUUCUGACCACCCAGUGCGACAGGUUCACCGGAGAGGAGAUGACCAACCUGUGGGCCGCUUUCCCCCCUGAUGUGGCUGGCAAUGUAGACUACAAGAGCAUCUGCUACGUCAUCACCCACGGAGAGGAAAAGGAAGAGUAAAUUCCACCUAUUCCAACAUCUCUACCUCCGUUCAAACCCGUAUCUGACCUACCAACAUACUCACUCCCCUCCUCUCCGACGACGUGGCUUCCUUGCACACUUCCUCUCCCCUGGCCAUCUCUUUCCGCUUGCCAGCUCACUACGAAAAGACUUGUUUCCUUUAACAACAUACUAAGUGAGAGGAAUGAUGGCAGUGGAGUUGUUUGUGUGUGAGUAAACAGGAGGACAUGGGAUUAUUUUCAAUAAAAAUAAUCUUGUGACACUGAAACCUUUCCCUCUAUCUCUGUCCCUGCCUUUGUCCCUCCUUCUUUUCCCCCAUCACUCGCUCUGUCCUUCUGCGUUGGGGCAAGCAGUGCAUGCAUCAUACCUACAUGCAGAGUGUAUGCAUAUGCAGUCCAGUGUGUAAAGCGGUCAAUCGAAAGUGUCUCUUGAGUGCUAUGGUGCAUGUCAACUACUUGAAACAAGGAAAGGGAAAGUCUGCAAGUCUCAACCUGAAACAGAGUGUUUCGUGGAUUCGUCCUUGUGUUUGCAAGAGAGAGGGGUGCACAGUAAAAGAGUAGGAGUACUUUACUAUAAUAGUUUGCCUACCCUCCUCUUUUUAAUCGGGUCUCUCCCUCUCUUAAACACGGGUAUGAAAGGAAAAGUUGCAGUGAAAAAUGGUAAAGCAUGUCUUGUAAAUAGAGACAGAGAUGGUGAAAGGCUGGUGAGCGGGAGGCAGGAAAAGAAAUGAACAAACAUAAAAUGUCUUUGUAUUUGACUCUUCUUCCUCCAUCUCACUGCAGUUUCUCUCCUGUUGUCGCAAUUGUGUCUGUAACAAAUAAAGAAGUACAAAUAAAAACAAUAUCUUUUGUA